AUCCUCCGUGCUGGUCUCCCAGACCCGGCUGAGGCCGUAGCGGACUGCCCUUUCCCAAGAUGGCUUCGAAGAUUGGUUCGAGACGCUGGAUGCUGCAGCUGAUCAUGCAGCUGGGUUCGGUGCUGCUCACGCGCUGCCCCUUUUGGGGCUGCUUCAGCCAACUCAUGUUGUACGCUGAAAGGGCCGAGGCGCGCCGGAAGCCCGACAUCCCAGUGCCUUACCUAUAUUUCGACAUGGGGGCAGCUGUGUUGUGUGCCAGCUUCAUGUCCUUUGGAGUGAAGAGGCGCUGGUUUGCGUUGGGUGCGGCGAUCCAGCUAGCCAUUAGCACCUAUGCCGCUUACAUCGGGGGCUAUGUCCACUACGGAGACUGGCUAAAGGUCCGUAUGUACUCGCGCACAGUUGCCAUCAUUGGUGGCUUUCUGGUGCUGGCCAGCGGGGCUGGGGAGCUGUACCGCCGGAAACCCCGAAGCCGUUCUCUGCAGUCCACUGGCCAGGUGUUCCUGGGCAUCUACCUCAUUUGUGUGGCCUACUCACUGCAGCAUAGCAAGGAGGACCGGCUGGCGUACCUGAACCAUCUUCCAGGAGGGGAGCUGAUGGUCCAGCUGUUCUUCGUGCUUUACGGGGUCCUGGCACUGGCCUUCCUGUCAGGUUACUAUGUCACCCUGGCUGCCCAGAUCCUGGCUGUGUUGUUGCCUCCUGUCAUGCUGCUCAUUGAUGGCAAUGUCGCCUACUGGCACAACACACGGCGUGUCGAGUUCUGGAACCAGAUGAAGCUGCUUGGCGAGAGCGUGGGGAUCUUUGGGGCUGCUGUCAUCUUGGCUACGGAUGGCUGAGUUUCACAGGGAGAGCCUGGUUUAGGUACAGGGGGCCACCAGAGGCCACCUUACCUUCCUCCUUGCUGGCCCAGUUGCUGUUUAUUUAUGCUUCUUGGUUUGUUUGUUUGUUUGUUUACUUUCUUUCUUUUUUUUCUCAAUAGUUAAGAUUGCUUCCCCAAGUUUGUGGCUCAGACCUUGGGAAGAUGGGAGCCUUCAUGCUAAUGCCUCAUAGGGUUGUUGUUUGUU